CCAGAUUGCACACACGUGUUUCAGACUCGCGUAACAAACUGCCCUCGCAUAUCUUCCUCUCUCUCUCUCUCAACGAUUGUAACGGAGGGUUGGAGACACGUCCGAAACCCACAGACCAUCCCGCCCCGAGCCGCAGAACCGUGAAAAUUAUUACCGAUUGUGAUAAUGCAAGUAACUAACUUAACUUUUUCAAGAAUAACUUUUUCUCGGAAGCCAGUCGUCCGGCUAUCCUGCGAAAAUGCUAAUAAUGUCGCAAUGCGCAGGAUGAUUUAUUCAGCGCGAUUUAUUCAGCAGACGCAUAUAUUCUCGGCACUCUGCGGAGUGCGAGAUUUACGCCGCGAAGGUCACAUCGUGCCCUCGGCCAGACAGUCGAUAACCUGGUCCCCACCAUCUUCCAGACGGCGCAGCUAUCCCGUAGGAAAGCUCCCAGACGAAUUCCUCGUCGGUCGUCGGGUCCGUGAAAGGAAACAGGAAGACGCACCCCGGAGACGCGGCAGGGAAAAGUACGGGAAUGAAGAAAGAACGUAUCGUAAAAAUCAAAGAACGAAUACGACACAAUAGAAAGAUUCUCAAGGAACAAAGAGAGAAAAGAUAAAUUGACAGUGAGGUUGCUGGCCGGAGCUCCAGGGCGCAGUUCGAUUUUGGGGAUUGAGCUUGGUCCGGGGUUGUCUAGCCGUGCGGGGGUUGUCCGGGUGGCUCAGGUUCAAGGACACAACGGUCGAUAAACCCCCGACAAGACUGGAAAAGAGGAAGAGGGGGAAAGGACGUAGCUCGAGGGCGGAAGUGGAAGGAGCCUGCCU